UGUGUUUAUCCCGGAGCUCUGCUGCACCGCUUCUCGACACUCUGCUUGGACCCGUUUAACCUCACUAUCUGGUGCCAAAGUUAGCCUUUUCCUCCUCUGACUACCAGGUAUGGUGCUUAAAUCUGCGUUGAAGCUACAGAAUACGUCCGUCGCUUUAUUCUAAGGCUUAGAAUAAACAUUUUAGGACCGGUGCGCGUCUUGAAAUUGCUCCUGCGUUUAAGUGAACUCGGUAAUGUAAUUUUGCUGCAGGGACCAGCUGUGUGUCUGCGAGUUUAGAGGCACCUUGUGGUACUUUAUGUUAUUUAUUUUUUUAUAUUCCGCAUAGCGUAUGAGCAUGUGUUUACUAUAGUAUCCCAGUGGGAGUUUGUUAUUCUGCUGCGACUUCAGGCCUGUAAAGCAUCCUCCUCACACUGCACAUCUGACCAGCUCACAGCUCUUCUGCAUAAAGGUGAUCCUCGGGUGAAACCAGGAGGAGGACUCUAAAGCGAGGCUGCUGGGCCCGAUUCCGGUUCUGGACAAUAAUAGACGACUAUACGGAAUUACCUGCCGUGUUGAACAUAAAGAAGUCUGGGUUCAUGCCUGAUUUCGAGCACUUCAGAUUUUCCUAUUCGAGCAUGAAUCCGGUUCUCGGGGAGAGUGGCUUUCUGGCCCCGCAGCAGCACCACCACCAGAUGACGGGUCAGAACGACUCUGCCAUCCCGGAGCCGGGAUACUUCCUGGGGGACCACGGCGGGUUCGGCCCCGAUGGGUUGUCCGGGCUGGACCUGGGCGCCCUGCCGCCAUCGGGCCUCGCCUACCUGCACCUGAGCAGCCCCCUGCACCGCGUGCCCCCGGCGGCCACGGCACUGCGCAACGACCUGGGAUCCAACAUCAGCGUCCUGAAGACCCUGAACCUGCGCUUCCGCUGCUUUCUGGCCAAAGUGCACGAGCUGGAGCGCAGGAACAAGGUGUUGGAGAAGCAGCUGCAGCAGGCUCUGGAGGAGAACUGCGCAGGGGAAGCCCACCAGAAGCCGCUGACCAAAGAGAUGGGGGUCCAGACUGGAUUUAUUGGGCCUAUUCCAUCCAGACCGGGCCUCAUCCCUCUCCACAACGCCAACAACUCGGCCUACCUGCCCGGCGGCCUCCUCUCUCCGACCCUGAACCCUCCUCCUCUUUUUGACAACAAAUACCUGCUGGGGAACAACCUCAACCCGAUCACGGAUUCAAACUCCAACCUCACCACAUCCAUCAGCCCGGCCCUGAGUCCCACCGACCCGUCCAAAACCAUCACCAACAUCAACGAGAGGUACGCCUCGCACGCCGGGACCAACACCAACAACAUCCCCCCUCCUCCCCCGCGCUUCCUCCCGGGGACGAUCUGGUCCUUCAACCAUACCCGCAGGUUCGGCACCGGGAGGGAGUCGUGCGUCACGGGCCCCGGAGUCUCCUGGACGCACCCGGACGGUGUCGGGGUCCAGAUCGACACCAUCACACCUGAGAUCAGGGCCCUGUACAACGUGCUGGCCAAGGUGAAGAGAGAGAGAGACGAGUACAAGAGGAGAUGGGAGGAGGAGUACACUGCCAGAAUGGACCUGCAGGAAAAAGUGGUUGAACUGGAGGAGGACCUGCAGGAGAGCGAGGUGUGUCAGGAUGAGCUGGCUCUGAGGGUGAAGCAGCUGAAGGCCGAACUGGUCCUCUUUAAAGGACUCGUCAGCAACAACCUGUCAGAUCUGGACAGUAAGAUCCAGGAGAAGGCCAUGAAGGUGGACAUGGAUAUCUGCCGCCGCAUCGACAUCACCGCCCGCCUCUGUGACGUGGCCCAGCAGAGGAACUGUGAGGACAUGAUUAACAUGUUCCAGCAGGUGGCCACGCCCCCCUCCACGCUGGGAGGCCGGGCCAGAAAACAGAGCGGGCAGUCGGCGAAGGGCGGGGACGGAGACGAACUGAGCAUGUCUGAGAGCGAGGGAGGCGGGGCUAAAGACGAGGAGUCGUGCAGCACGUCGGCCAAUCAGAUCAACGAGCAGAUGCAUCGGAUGCUGAAUCAGCUGAGGGAGUGUGAGUUUGAGGAUGACUGUGACAGUCUUGCCUGGGAGGAGACGGAGGAGACUCUUCUGCUCUGGGAAGAUUUCCCUGGAUACCCACUGGGACUGGAAACACAAGGAGAGCUGCAGCAGCAGGAAGAGUCCAUUGAAGAGGUCAUUAAAGACACAGAGUGUCUGUUUAAAACCAGAGAGAAGGAAUACCAGGAAACCAUCGACCAGAUAGAGUUGGAAUUGGCCACAGCAAAGAGCGACAUGAACCGUCACCUGCACGAGUACAUGGAGAUGUGUUCGAUGAAAAGAGGCCUGGACGUCCAGAUGGAGACCUGCAGGAGACUCAUCACACAGAGCGGAGACAGGAAAUCCACCUCGCUCAUCACGCUGCCGGUGGACGACUCCGACAGCGAGGAGAAGGAGAGGAAGAAGCCAGCUCUCCCUGCUGACUCUGAGAGCAGCGACUCUUACUGCGACGCCAACGCCGCCAUCCCUCCUCUGACCUGGAGGAAACCCUAACACACACUCCAACAUACACUGCUGGUACUCCAAAUUAACGUCACCCCAAUGCUCUCCUCCUCCAGUGCUGUUUGAUAGGAGGAAAACUGUAGUACUUCCACACAUUUAAACUUAUGUUUCAGUGGUUUCUGUUAUCUAAAGUAGAAAUUAUUUUAAAACCAGCAGAUGUAAACUGUUUUUUUUAUCUUCUCUGAAAGCAGCCUGUAUGAUGAUGUUUGGUCAUUUGUACAAACUCAGCUGAUAUGACCGCAGCUGAAUUAGAGAAAGCUAUGAUAAAGUUACACCAAUGUCCUUACAAAACCAUAACUCGCUUACAAAGCUGAUGUAAAAUAUUAAACAUUUUCCAGGCUGUUCGAGCUUCAUCGAAAAAGGCAAUAAUUCCUCACUUGAAGUUCCGCUGCUGCCCUCCUGUGGUCAUCAGCGGUAACUGCACCUUAGUGAAGGUCAAACGGAACAAAAUGGCACUUUAAAAAGAUCUUCACUGAUUUUGUUUGAUGAGAUGAAAAGGACACAUUUAGUUUAGUGCAGGAGCCAAUUAUUUGCACACUUUCUGUAAGAAUACCUUUCAGCUGCAGGUUCAGACCCUCGCACAUAGAGGCACAAAGAAAUAGUUUGCACAUAACUGUUCAUUGUGAUUAAGAGUGAUCAUAUGUAUGAACAGCUUUACUAAUCAGUUUCCACUUAUUAUAAAAAGGAAGUGCUUGUUUUUAUUUAUAUUUGUAUUUUUAUUUAUUUUAUAAUCCUGCACAGCAGAAAGUUUAAUUCCUAAAAUAUGAAACUACCCAGUGGCCAUUUUCUGGGAUUAUACUUUAGGUGCAGCAAUUAUUUGACAGAUCUCCAACUAUCAAAGCCCAACUUGCCUUAAACUGCUAUCCAACAUUUGAGAAAUAUGACACCUUCUCUGAUAAACUGUCCUGAGAAUGCAUCUUAAUUCACUGAAGUUAAAAGAAUAUUUUUUAAAGUAGACAUUUGGGAACUCAAUCUCAGAUCUCUGAAUAUGAAACUCUAAACAACACUCAGGGUUGUAGCCGUUGAGGACAAUAAGGUAACAAUAUUGUUUCUGGAAAUUUGGUAUUUUAUCACUAAGGAGCCGUUUAUGUUCUACCGUUACAGACAAAUUACACAUGCUGGGUUUUUAAAGAGGAAAUCUUUGAAUCUUUUUGGGUUCAAAUAAAAUGAAAUGAGGGGAUUUAGUAUUUCAUGAUUUGUGGGAAAUUAAUUGAACCACCAUUUAGGACAGCAGUUCCCAACACGCGGCUUUGGAAACCUCUAAGGGGGUCACAAGAUGACUGAUUGGACAAGAAAGUAAAAAAUAUAUUUUUUUUUUAUUCUGUAAUCUUUGCUCUUUUUUAGAGUUAUUCUGACUCGUCAGGCCUCUACAAUUUACCCAAUCUGAGAGGCUAAAAUCACUCUUUGCUGCUAAUUGCUCAGGCAACCUGUGUGAGUACACAUGGUUUCAUUUAAAGGGAUCACAAGCCAGAAAAUGUUGGGAACCACAGAUUUAUACCAUCAUGUUGGUAGAUCAAACAGAUUUUUGGGGGGUUUACUGGAGGAAUUUGGACUCAGUAUUUCUAAAACCCUGGCUACAGUCUGACCACACUGUCCAUGUUAAUAUCAUUCUGUAGUAAACAGGCUGAUCUACAGUAAUAUCCAUUCCUGAGACUCUUUACAUCAUCAAGCAGGAAGAAGAAAAGAUGAUUAUUUUAAUAGAUUUUCUGUUUUACAUUUGACAGAUGGGAGGUUUAGACAGGUGAAAGACAAUAAUAAUAAUGAUGAUAAUAAUAAUAAUAAUAAUAAUAAUAAUAAUAAUAAUAAUAAUAACCUGUAUAAAACGAAGAUAUAGGGCUGUAACAAAUGAUUACGUAUUUUCAUUAUCGAAUAAUCUUACCAUUAUUUCUAUAAAAUGUAAAGAAAAACAGUCAAAAGCCAAAGAUCUUCAGUUUGCUCCCACAGAAAACAAACAAGCAAAUAUUCAUAUUCCAGGAGCCAAUGUGGGGUAUUUAUGCCUAAAAAUUGCUAAACAAUUAUCAAAAUUAUUUCUGAUUAAUUUUCUGUCAGUCAUUAAACUGUCAGUUCUUUACAGCUUAUAACCGAAGUCUGUUUGCUUAACUGAGUGUGAGUUUAGUUUUUAGAGUCCAAGGAUUCUCACAGCUGCUUAAUUUAAGGGAAGGUGUCGUAUUUAUGUGCCAUCAAUCACAAGCCAACGUCCCCGCUCUCAGCACUAAUGGAGAAUCAUCGCUCUUAAAGUCCCACGCGACACAUUUCCUACAUUUGUCCUGCAGAAAUAACUGGCGACAGAUUCGUUAGAGAAAACGAACUCGUCUGUGAUUUUGAGACAGUUGACAACAGAAAUUUAAGGGCAUUUUUUCUUUUACUAAAGUGAAAAAAAAUAAACUAUUUUAAAAAGGUAUUUGUCCUCAAAAAAUGUACAGUUUGUAAAGGCUAAAUAUUGUAUCUAAUGUACAUAAUGAGGCUGUGUAUAAUGCUCAACUAUAAUGCUGUAAGCUUCAUGUUCUUCUGAUGUAAGUUUAGCCAAAAGCAGUGCAGUUUACCAUUUUCUUUAGACCAUCUUUUAGUUUUAGCGUUAUUGAUAUGACCUGAAUUAGACAUAUUAGUAGUAUCAUAGCGACUAAGAACAGUUGUCUUUCUGUAGUUGUUUGAGAGCAAAUACACCUGCAGCAAUGAUUAAAAGGUGAGGUACUUUUUGAAGACGUAGGUACUUAUGUGGAAGAUUGAAGCCAUUUUGCAGGAGGUGUGUUUAAAAUUCAGGAUUUUUACUUUGUCUGUGCCAGUUUUCUUACUUUUUGUUGACAUGCAGCAACCAACGUGUCACAGUUUACCUUUUCAAACACAUCUGUGAUUAAAUGAAUGUCUGCUUAUCAAUAACCUGCCAUGUUCACCACAGAAAACAGACUCAUUAAAGGAACACUUUCAGUUUUAGUCCUGUUGUUUUCUCCACUGAGCACACUUCUAAUCACAUCAAAAUGAGACUAAUAAACCCUGAAAAUGCUUGUUUCCGUAUACUACACUUUAAUUUUACACUUUUUACAGAUAGUUCUUAGUGCUCAGAGAAGAAAUGGACUAAAAUAUUGAGAACUGUUCCUUUAAUGUCAAGGAGAAACUAAACAAAGCAACUUGCAAGUGUACAGUCUACAUUAAAGCAAAAUAGACAAACAUCACUCACCUCGUGAAACUGUGUACAGAUGCUGCUUAACCGGAACUGUUGACAUCUAUAUUAUCAGAAUGUAAAUAGAAUCUGUGGAGAGAAAACUGAAAUAAUAAGUGUGAAAGGAAAAAAAAAGACUUGAGGACCUCAUGAAAGCGAGUUAGACCGUGUGGUGGAGAUAAAAGCUUUAGAUUAUACAGGAAGUAGACAGCAGGAGCCAAAUAAGCUGAAGAACACAGUUUCUGAGCUCUCUGUGGCUGUUUGGGGGAUUUUAUGAGCUGGGAUUGAAUUCUCCAUCACGCCACAAGGGUUUUUCAUGAGGUCUUUAACGUUUGUUUUUUCCUCAGUCACAGUGUGCAGAGCUGAAUGAUCAAUUUACUGAAGCAAAAUGAAAAGUUGCACAGAAUAAAAGAC